AUGUCCCAAAGUGAGCUUCCAAAUGACCCCCAUCACUACGCCAUAGUUCUUGAUGCGGAACAUAACUUUGCGCAUGCAUCAAAGCAGAUCCGCCUGGCAGCAACACAAGGAGCAUCACUGGCCGUCCUACCCGAAUACCAUUUGACAGGAUGGAUGCCGGAUGAGCCGUCGUUCGCCCUGAGCGCCGAGGAUGCUUGUCGCUUUCAGAAGCAAUACCAGCAAUUAGCAGCAGAACUACACAUUAACAUAUGUGCAGGAACUAUUGUCUCGCAUGCACCGAAUGUUCAACAGCCUGGCAACCCCGAUACAAAGUCCAAGCCGACUCUUCUCAAUACGUCUUACUUCAUCGACCACGAUGGUCAGCUUCUCGGCGCCUACACAAAGACCAAUCUCUGGAUCCCUGAACGCAACCAUCUGACUUCCAGUAUCGAUUAUGCCCACAAAAUGAAUGUUGACGAGGGCACGCCCGCCGCUGGACCGCAUCAGGUCUUCGAGACACCCCUGGGACCCGUCGGCAUCUUGGUGUGCUGGGAUCUCGCCUUCCCCGAAGCAUUUCGACACCUCGUCCUCGCAGGGGCCAAGAUAAUCAUCAUGCCUUCGUACUGGAGCUUAUCAGAUAUGAGUAAAGAAGGACUUGCAUACAACGCCAACUGCGAAAAGAUGUUUGUGGAAACCACUCUCACCACGCGCGCAUUCGAGAACACGGCCGCAGUCAUCUACUGCAAUGCUACUGGCCCGGCGGAACAAGGGUUCUUUGGUUGUAGUCAGGUAGCUUUGCCUAUUGUGGGUAAAGUUCCUGGAAGCUUCACUGAUGGCGAGGAGGGAAUGCGUCUGGUAAAUGUUGACAUGCGGCUGGUGGAGAUUGCGGAAAUGAAUUAUCAGAUAAGAAAGGAUUUGAAGCGGGUUGAUUGGCAUUACGGAUAUUCGAAAGAGGCGAAACUUUAA